CUCUUAUAAUCAAGUACUCGGGAGACACUGUUAAAAACUCAGAGGGAAAAAAUGGAGAGCGGCGCUGUGUGUGCUGGGCUACGUUCAAAUCCGCCGUCCCACAACCUCCUUCUCGGCCCUUCUACCGGCGCCGUUAAACUCCUUUCUCCUCUAUGUAUCCGCCAAAAUAUACUUUCUUUUCAACAUCUUCCUUUUCAGCUACAGAGGCAAUCGCUUUCAGCUACUUUUGGCAGCAAUAGCAAUGUUCAUUCUCUUAAUGCUGCCUCGCCUUCUAGCAGCGUAGAUUUAGAGUUAGCCAACAUUGAUUGGGACAACCUCGGUUUUGGGAUUGUGCCGACUGAUUACAUGUAUGUCAUGAAAUGUUCCAAUGUUGAAGCCUUCUCUAAAGGCGAAUUACAACGAUUUGGGAAUAUUGAGCUGAGUCCAUCUGCUGGCAUUUUAAAUUACGGACAGGGCUUGUUUGAAGGCUUGAAAGCUUAUAGAAAAAGUGACGGAAAUAUAUUACUUUUCCGCCCUGAGGAGAAUGCACAAAGACUUAAAAUGGGUGCUGAACGUAUGUGCAUGCCUGCUCCAACUGUGGAGCAGUUUGUGGAGGCUGUAAAAGCUACUGUUUUAGCUAAUGAAAGAUGGAUUCCCCCACCCGGAAAAGGUUCUUUAUAUAUAAGACCAUUGCUUAUGGGGAGUGGAGCAGUUCUAGGUCUUUCUCCUGCUCCUGAGUACACAUUUUUGAUUUAUGUUUCUCCUGUGGGAAACUAUUUCAAGGAAGGUUUGGCACCAAUAAAUUUGAUAGUCGAGACUGAAAUGCAUCGAGCAACUCCUGGUGGUACUGGAGGUGUCAAGACAAUAGGAAAUUAUGCUACAGUUCUACAAGCACAGAAUGUCGCGAAAGCCAAGGGCUAUUCUGAUGUUCUGUACUUAGAUAGUAUUCACAAAAAGUACUUGGAAGAAGUAUCCUCCUGCAACGUGUUUGUUGUGAAGGGCAAUGUGAUAUCUACUCCUGCAUUAAAAGGGACAAUUUUGCCCGGCAUCACUAGAAAGAGCAUACUUGAUGUUGCUCUCAGUCAAGGAUUCCAGAUAUUCUUGAAGCCAUUUGUGUAA